GGGAGAGAGAGUUUGUGAAUACCUGUUGUUGUGAUACUGCCGAACUUAUUCGACUAAUCAUUUACGAGACACGCUGCAUUGGAUCGAGAAUUGUUUUUGCCAGUGACAUGUGUUGACGUUUUGUGACUCUUGUGACAUCUCGAGUUCAUCCGAUAUUUUUCAUGAAGGGUCUCGGCUCCGACUCGCCAAUGGUUGACUACAAAGCAUCGAGCGGUGGAAGCAGCGACGAGGGCGAGACGGCCGAGGGUGUCGGCGGAGGUGGAAGUGGAGGUGGAGGUGGAGGUGGAGGUGGCGAGGACACGGAUCUCGAGGAGAAGUCGGGACGCCCCAGUGGCAGCCCGCUUUAUCGGGAUAUCCAAAAUCCACGCCACGCCACCAGCGCCCACGACGUUCCCCAGGAGUAUCCUCAGGCCAGGCCCGCCUUUCAGCAAGACUACGGCAAUCCAGCCGCGAUGGAACGGGCCCCUUUUGACAAGCAGCCACAGGCGAUGCUCAGGGAAGACGAGCUCAAAUCCUGGAAUUUGGAGAAAGAUGCACGGAAGGAUUUUCUACAGAGCGUCGCAUUCAUUCACCGCGACCCAUCCUUUCACAGCGAAUACCGCGAGUAUCGUGAUAUGAAGCCGGAACCCCGUGGGCCCAAGGAAAUUCCCUUGAGAAAGUGGGACUCCCCCGUACCCGAUGUCGAAGUCGGCCGAUCCUCGGUCAGCGGAUCCCAGGUCAGGGCCCGCAGAGACAUCGCCAGGGGGACCAGGUUCGGGCCCUUCAUUGGAAAGUGGGCCCACGAACCAGCGAAUCCAGACUACGCGUGGGAGAUACGAAUUGCUGGAAGCGGUGUUAGAGGAUGGCUCGACGCAUCUCACGAAGCGAGUAAUUGGCUCAAGUAUGUCCGGAGUGUGCGCGGUCCUAUGCACGCCGUCAACAUGCGUCACGUUCUGAUUGGUGGACAGGUGGUGUACGAAACGAUUCGAGAUAUAGCAGCGGGCGAGGAGCUGCUUCUGGGUUCGCGGGAGCCGCUCCAGCUGCAGGAUAUGCUUGGUGAAAACACGGUGGAGGACAGGAGCGACAAGGAGACCGCUUCUCAGCACAGCGGUACCGUCGAUGAGGACAGAGAGGAGGAAAAGGAGGGAGACAUAAGGUGCACGGUCUGCGAUAAGCCUUUCCAGGAAAUCGACUCACUCGAUGGCCACCUGGUGACCUGCCACAGGUAUCCAGCGGAGCAAUAUCGGUGCGAAACGUGCCACAAGGGCUACGCAUGGAGGCCACUGGUCGUUCGGCAUCGCGCGAUCGUUCACGGUGACCUGAAGAGCUACCAGUGCGAGAACUGUCCAAAGGUGUUCACUGAUCCCUCAAAUCUCCAGCGCCACAUUAGGACACAUCACGUUGGCGCCCGAAGUCACGCCUGUCCGGACUGCGGCAAGACCUUCGCGACGAGCUCUGGCCUCAAGCAGCACACCCACAUCCACAGCAGCGUGAAGCCAUUUCAAUGCGACGUAUGCUUCAAGGCCUACACGCAGUUCUCAAACCUCUGCAGACACAGGCGAAUGCACGCUGACUGUAGGGCGCAGAUAAAGUGCGGUAAAUGCGGACAGUCCUGCAGCUCGGCAUCGGCUCUGUCGAAACACAAACGGUUCUGUGACUCUACGGGACCACCUGCACCAACCGGAGCCAUGCCUCAACUCCCGCCCUCAGGGCCAAGUCCGUUUUUGGUCUACCCUCGGCGGCAGUGUACGCUGCCCUUUUACCCGGUUCCGAGUCUAGGACCCUACCCGGGCAUGUUCCAAAACGCAGGAGGAUUGUACAACACUUCGUUCACGUACCCGCCGAAGAUUGAGGAGCUUGACAAGCGGUGCGAAAGCCCGAAGAAAGAGAGGUUCACGCCACCUCGGGUACCGACGCACCAUAACAAGGUCUCACCCACGACAGCCGAGGAGGCGACGUCGAUCUUCAGGCCGUCCCCUGCCAGGCCGCCGGUUCAACCGACUCCAGAAACCGACGAGGAGUCGCCCUUAAAACACUGCAAAGUGGAGAAGAACUCGGAGGCCGAAGCUAUGCAGGAGGAACCCGUAGACCAGCCACUUGACCUCAGGGUCGAGACGAGGAGACGUCAAACGCCCAGCAUUGCCGGGAGUCACAGUUCUUCUCCGGUUCCCGUCGUCGAGGAGGCGAUAACCGAUCCCUGGAAGAUCAAAGAGGAGGAACGCAUGGAGGCCAGAGUCAAGAAGUUGACUCUCAGUCCGCCAUGCAGCGUCGCUGAACAACCGCCGACGAGUGCGCCUCCCCACAUGGCUUAUCCACGGCCAAUUCACCCGAUGGUACUGGACGCCAUGUACCGCGCUCCUUCUGGGACGUUUCCUGGUUUUCCGGGGGGACCCCUGCCCCCCGGUGGUGGACCUGAAUCUCGGCUCCUACCGCCGCUUCCACCCUUCGGACCUUCCCGGUAUCAUUUUUUAGGGUCGCUCAUGAACGCGCCCAGUGGCGGUAGACCAGGUGGAUUCGACCUCCUGGCCCGUCCGCCACUCGGCGCGUUCCCCGGCAUGAAGCCGUUUCAGGAAGUGAUGUCCCACCACCCCCACCACCUCAACCACUCGCACCAGCACUCUCACAUCAAGACGAAGGAUCGGUACGCGUGCAAGUUCUGUGGCAAGGUGUUUCCCCGCUCGGCAAAUCUCACGAGGCACCUAAGGACCCACACCGGGGAACAACCUUACAAGUGCAAGUACUGCGACAGGUCCUUCAGCAUUUCGAGUAACCUCCAACGACACGUUAGGAACAUUCACAACAAGGAGAAACCCUUCAAGUGUCCGCUUUGCGAAAAGUGCUUCGGGCAGCAGACGAACCUCGAUCGCCAUUUGAAGAAACACGAGGCUCCCGAUGGCAGCGUUGUCGGUUCCGCCGCCGAUUCCCCCGGGAGUAGCAACGAGAACGAACGGGAGGAUCCCUGCUUCGACGAGAUAAGGUCCUUCUUUGGCAAAGCCACCGCGGAGGGUGACGGAUACUGCCUCCCUCACCCCUACCCCACAUACCUGCCGGGCAGACUUCACGACCUUCACGGGACGAUACCUGAGGGCGAAUACGACGAGGACGAGGACAGCGAAGAGGGAGUCUCGCCCCUCGAGGAGCCCGACGCCAUGUCCCCUAUGGAACAGGAAAACUCGCCGUCGCCUCAGUUCGAGCUCAAGCUUAGGGAUAAGCAGGAAUUGCUCAACAAUAAUACCGCCGAACCGGUGAUAGAAGUAUCGACGUAGCCUGCAACGGGGCGACUCCGACGUCGAACUCGCCCGAAACCGCCGCUCCGCUUUUCCUUUACUUAGUGAUUAGUUAGCUAUCCGAUUUUUUUCUUCUUUGUCUUUUUUCUUUUUUUGAAACAGAAAAGGAGAGAUAAUUAUAUAUAUAGUUCGACAGGCAGUUCUCUGUACUUUGGAAUUGCGCACAACGUAAUCCAGAACUAAUAUAUAUUUGCCCUCAUUUGUCUAUGUAAGUACCUUAGAUAGCUAGUUCCUACAAAACGCGUCAAUGAUAAUUUAAUGCAGAUAUGGGAUACAAAAUACAAACGUUAAUGAUGUUUUUUUUUUUUUCUUUUUCUUUUAUGUAGUAACAAGUUUUCAUAAGGUCUCAAUGACCGUACAUGCAUUCAGUGUAUCACGUUCAUUCAGUGAGGGAAGGCUCUACCGAUAUUGUGAAAUCUAUAUGCUGUAUUUGAAGUAGGAGUUCGUUGAUAUUGAUUAUUGGAUUUUACUGCAGAUGCUUCUGCGAAGUGUUGAAAAAUAUUUCAGUGAAAAAUUUUG